AUGAAGUUAAUCGUUCUUCCUUCGAUUGCCUUGGCGGCUUUUUCGUCUUCUGUGCAAGCAUCUCACCCUCAUUUUCGUCCAAAUGGACACCAUCACCAUGCUCAACAUGGCGACACUUCUUCUAUCCAGACAACAACGACUGUAGUCACAUCUAUGACUACCGUGUCGUCGUCUUCAGUUAGCUUGCGGUCAACAACUACCAAACUUCCCACUCCCGCCUCCGCCCCCACGUCUACUCCAAGCACGCGCGUGGACUCACGCGACGGCACAUCAAACUUCGUCCAUCCUGGCAUUUUCAUCAGCUCUGCACAAAUUGGCAACUUCUCCUCAAAUGUAGCAUCCAGCACGGAACCCUGGGCCGAAGCCUACAAACAAAUGAUGAACCACAAAUAUGCAUCCCGAACGACUCCGACCCCCUACCCGACAGUGUCCUCCGACGCCAGCUGUGAUGAUGAGCUUGAUGAUGCUCUGACCGCGUAUCUGAAUGCUUUGGCUUGGGUGGUGACGAAAACAAAGUCCUACGCCAAGCGCGCGAUUACGUUUAUGAAUAGCUGGGCCGGGACCAUCCAAUGCCACGGGGGUUCCAAUGCACCCCUACAAUCAGGGUGGGCGGCUUCUGUUUGGACUGGUGCCGCUGAUAUUAUUCGUUAUACGAAUGCUGGAUGGACCAAUUCGAGCAUUGUUGCAUUUGAGGAUAUGUUGCGGGAUGUUUAUCUGCCCGAAGUCAUAGUCGGAUCUGAUUACAACGGGAAUUGGGAAUUGGGAAUUGGUUCUCCAGUCAUGAUGGAAGCAGCGUUGGGAAUCUCCGUUUUCAUUGAGAACACCACGAGCUAUGACAUUGCCAUGGAGAAAUUCUUAGCUCGGACGGCCGCAUACGUUUAUCUGACCAGCGAUGGCGACCUGCCAAAUGCAGUUGACAUAUCUACAGAAGAAAAGCUUAUCUCGUACUGGUACGAUCAAGAUACCUUUGUGGACGGACUAAGCCAAGAGACCUGCCGUGAUUUCGGCCACGUCGGUUAUGGCCUUGCUUCUAUCUCACAUGUCUUGGAAACAUCCCGGAUACAGGGUAAUGAUAUGUACGAAGAAGACGCCGGAAAGCGUUUGCGAUAUGCACUUGAGUUCCAUUCAAAAUAUGAGAAUGGGGCCACAGUUCCUGAUUGGCUUUGCGGUGGUGAGGUUAGCCUUGGGAUUGCUCAGACAACCGAGCCGGGGCUCAACGCGUUUUCAUACCGCCUGGGCUAUGCCAUGAAUGAGACUCAACUCUACACCGAAGGACAUCGACCUGAAAACACAAAUGGGGUUUUUGUUGGAUGA